AUCCGGUUGUUUAAGGUAAAAUAUAGUUAAGUUUGAUAAAAAAUAAAAUAUUUCAUUUUAGUAAAACUGGACAAUAAUUAUGGAACAUGGGAAGUAUUUGAGAAAGUAACUACUUGCAAAGUCGGUAAAGUGUAACGAGAGAAUUAUCAUCUCAUAUACUAUGAUGCAUUUUCUGUGAUUUAAAAUGUUGUAUCUCAUAUUUGCUAAUUGUUUAACAAAAAAAUUUCGAGUAACUAUUUUGGGACGUGUAAUAUUAGAUUACACAAAAUUUUUGAACUCUUACUUUAAAUAAGUGAAAAAAAAAAUACGAGAGAAUUAAAUGACAGUUUAGUAUUUAAGACGUUGUACUUUCUAGUAUUAGACUUUAUUUCGAUUCUCACUACAGAGGCGGAAUUUUUUUUUAAAAAAAAAAAAGUGAAAAAAGAAAAGGAAGGAAGAGAAACAAAAUUUGGGCAUUAGUGCUGGCGGCUCUGACCACCGAAUUACUGACGAUUAACUCCUCGGUUCAGUUUAAGCAGCUUAACACCUCUACCCUAUUCUUCAGCACAUUUCCACAACAAUGGCGGCUGCGGCUUCAAUCAUCUCCCCAAACCCCACCGUCGCCAAACUUUCCUCCAAUCCUUCCGCCAUUAACUCCUCCCGGAACCCAUUAGUCACUCUCAAAUUUACCUCAACUUCCCCAAACUACGCCUCUUCUAAACCCCUAAUCUCAUCCUCCUCCUAUUCUUCUUCUUCCCUUCCUCGUUUCCACCACAAGCCCUUCUCCACCCUUGCUCCCCCUUCCGCAGCGGCCGCCGCCGGCGAGGCUGCCACCACCUUCCACGGCGUUUGCUACGUCGUUGGGGAUAACAUCGACACUGAUCAAAUCAUCCCUGCUGAAUACCUCACCCUUGUUCCCUCCAAACCGGAAGAGUACAAGAAGUUGGGGUCGUAUGCUUUAUGUGGGCUCCCCUCAUCUUACCAGCCCCGUUUUGUGGAGCCGGAUCAGUUCAAGUCAAACUUUACCAUUAUCAUCGGUGGUGAUAAUUUCGGAUGUGGGUCCUCUCGGGAGCACGCUCCGGUGGCUUUGGGAGCCGCCGGUGUGGCGGCUGUGGUGGCGGAGUCGUAUGCGAGAAUAUUCUUCAGGAAUUCGGUGGCUACCGGAGAAAUUUAUCCUUUAGAAUCGGAAGGGAGGUUGUGUGAGGAGUGUAAAACUGGAGAUGUUGUCACGAUUGAACUCGCAAAUAACAAGUUGAUCAAUCAUACUUCUGGGAAAGAGUAUCAAUUGAAGCCAAUUGGGGAUGCAGGGCCGGUUAUUGAGGCUGGUGGGAUUUUUGCUUAUGCGCGAAAGACUGGGAUGAUUCCUUCCCGAUAGACAUUGAACGUCUCUUUGUGGUUGUAUUAGCUGUGCAAGUUCAUGAGAUGGGUUCAGGCUAUUAGAGCUAAUUACUGAUCUUCAGGGAAUCUAGGCCCAGCAGAACUCAUUGUAUUGUGAAAGAGCGUUGUUAGAUGACUGUGUGGUCAACCUUGUGUUUGUCUGAUAUCAUUACUUUGACCUAUUACUAUUGCGAGUAUGAAUUUAGUGCUGAAUUCAGUGACAUGGUUAUUGUGUGUUGUGAUCUCAAGUAACUGCUGUCUAUAUUUUCUGUAAUCCAUAUUCAAUUGCAUUUCUUUCCUGCUGUAAUUGUCUAGAUUUAUCCAUUGCAAAUGAAGCUAGAAGAGAUUCAUAACAAUUCUUUCAGCUUUGUGCUAAUAAUGGAUUAGAUUAAAAUGCCUC